AUGCUGGCGUUUACCGUCGGACUCCUCUACCUGGUCGGCGGACGCACGCUGCGCGCACAGGAUGCCACAGGUAGCCGCUUCGUCUGCAACGCCAUCCCGCCCGGCGCGGAGCCCGGCUGCGGGUACGGCCCCGCCGGCAACCGCGUCCAAAGCGGCGGCGGCGGCGGCAGCAGCCCGGCGGAGGACGAGCUGCGCAACACCAUCAUCCAGCUGCGGGAGACCAUUCUGCAGCAGAAGGAGACCAUCGUGAGCCAGCAGGGCACCAUCAAGGAGCUCAACUCCAAGCUCGCCCGCUGCGAGGCGGCCGCCGACGAGUCGCCGCCGCAGGGCAAGUCCCGGGGUCAGGGCUCCAGGCGGAAGGAGUACGGCAAAAACACCAUGGGAGACCUACCCCGGGACCCCGGCGAGACCAUAGACCAGCUGGGCAAGACCAUGCAGAGCCUCAAGGGUCGACUGGAGAGCUUGGAGCAGCAGCAGCUGCGCCUCCCCAGCACGAACGUGUCGACCGGGGGCAUCCCGGCCCUCGCCCCUCUGCCGACAGAGCUGCGUGAGCUGCUGCGGCAGCGUCUGGGGGCGCUAGAGAGCCAGCUCCUCCGGAAGGUGGCUGAGCUGGAGGAGGAGAAAAGCCAGUUAUACAACGAGACAGCAGCUCACCGCCAGCGUACCGAGAACACGCUCAACUCCCUCCUGGAAAGGAUCACCGAGCUGGAGAAAAAUAAUAACGCAUUCAAGUCACCGGAGGAUUUCAAGGUGUCCCUGCCCCUUCGCACCAAUUACUUGUAUGGCCGCAUAAAAAAGAGUCUGCCGGAGAUGUACGCCUUCACCGUGUGCAUGUGGCUCAAGUCCAGCGCCAGCCCCGGCAUAGGGACCCCUUUCUCGUACGGCGUGCCAGGCCAGGCCAACGAGAUAGUGCUCAUCGAAUGGGGGAACAACCCCAUCGAGCUGCUCGUGAACGAUAAGGUGGCCCAGUUGCCGCUAUCUGUAAGUGACGGGCGCUGGCACCACAUCUGCAUCACCUGGACAACUAGGGAUGGCUUCUGGGAAGCCUACCAGGACGGGGAGCGUCUGGGCACAGGUGACAACCUAGCCCCCUGGCACCCAAUUAAACCUGGAGGGGUGAUCAUCCUCGGGCAAGAGCAGGACAUAGUAGGAGGCCGCUUCGAUGCCACCCAGGCUUUUGUGGGUGAGCUGAGCCAGUUCAACAUGUGGGACCGGGUACUGCGACCAGUGGACAUCAUGGGCAUGGCCAACUGCUCCGCUUACAUGCCCGGCAAUGUGAUUCCUUGGAUCGAUGCUAAUGUGGAAGUGUUGGGUGGUGCAACUAAAGCUGCUCUGGAGAUCUGCGAGGAUCGCGCCUUCGAUUCCUAA